AAUAAUUCAAAAGGGGCAGAGUCAGAGUUGUGCGACGGUGGAUUUUGUUUACGGAUUUCUCCAACUGCCGCCAGUGGUCUCAAUUUGAAAUUUGCCACCAGAUGUCUAAUUUCGUAGCAGAUAAAAUAACUAUCAUCGGCAACUUAAAGGGCUAACAAACGCAGUUUUAUGAAACCCGAGCUUUUGCAGUUUCUGUUUUCUCUUCAACAAGUUUGUGAAAAUUUCAAAAGAAUGAUGCCUAACAGUAUACGCACUAUGAGAAUGGCAAAAGAAAUACAAGACUUGACAAAAAACCCUCCUCAUGGAAUCACCUGUUGGCCAAAGAAUGAUAGAAACGAUCUUUUGGAAGCAAUUGUGCAGGGUAGUGAAGGAACACCUUAUGCAAAUGGAAACUUCAGAAUUGAUAUUGUCAUUCCAGAACGAUACCCAAUGGAUCCCCCCCAGUUAAAGUUUCUGACAAAAGUGUAUCACCCCAAUAUUGACAAUGCCACUGGACUAAUUUGUUUGGAUGUUCUUAAAAUGCCUCCACAUGGUCGAUGGAGGCCUGUUAACAACCUUUCUUUAACCCUCACAGCUGUCCAGCAGUUACUGUCUGACCCAAAUCCUCAUGAUCCACUUGAUUCUGCAAUAGCACAGGAGUAUAUUGCCAACAGAACCUUAUUCCUUGAAAAUGCUAAGAAAUGGACAAAGCUCUAUGCUGUGGAUGACUCCUCCGCCCGCCCAUCCAAGCGUAAGAGUAUGGACGAAGAAAUCUGUGAAGAUGCGGCUAAACGUCUUCGUCCUUCUUCCCCAUCAAAGCCUAGCAAUAGUGAAGAGUCUCCGUCUAAAGACUCCUCAGUUGCAUGUGCUCAACCAUCUAAUAAAAUCAUUCGUCCUUCUUCGCCAUCAAAGCCUAGCAAUAGUGAAGAGUCUCCAUCUAAAGACUCCGCAGUUGCAUGUGCUCAACUAUCUAAUAAAAUCAUGCUGAAGCGGAAGGACGAUAACGAACCCGUUUUUCACGAAGCACCAAAGCGUUCCCGUAAGUCGCGGUCGUUGGUCAGAUCAGAGGGUGACAGCAUUCCAGAAAAACAGUAGGAACAUCUUUUUUUACUUCAACAUCAAAAAUUUAUUUUUUUUCGAUGUUUUAUUCUUUUCGGUUUUUUGCUCGUAAAUUCAAUUCUUUAUUUUCAUUUCGUAUAUAUGCCCGUAUACUUCCAAGUAUUAUCGAUUAUUCAAACAAGAUAUUAGCUAUGAUUUUUGUUUAUUAUUGUGUACAAUGAUAAGUCGAUGCACGAAAUUUCAAAGUAGUGGGAAUAACUGCUGGAUUUGCGGUUGCUAUGAUUGUUUCUUCGACCGCCGAAUGUAGGCUUGAAUGUAAAAGUUGGAAAAAAACACUAAUAAAGUUAAACAGUAAAGAGCCAA